CCUUAUGUGGUGUGUGUGUUUGCAGGGAGAAGGACAAGAUCCACGUCGAAUGGGUGCAGAACUUGAACAACGUGUGGAAGGAGCUGCAGGAGUAUGUGAGGAAGUACCACACCACCGGCCUGUCCUGGAACACUCGGGGCGGCAACGCCAUGAACAACCUCAAGACAGCCCCCCCCAACUGUGGCAUCCCUCCCCCACCACCACCUGGCAUCCCUCCCCCUCCUCCCCCAAUGGCGAUGCUGGAGCCCAAGGCCGUGGCAGCGGACGACGGCCGCUCCGCACUCUUUGCCUCCAUCAACAAAGGGGCUGACAUAACCUCGAGUCUCAAGAAGGUGACCGAUGAUAUGAAGACUCACAAAAACCCCAAUCUUCGUGAGGGUCCCAAACCCUUCGUCAAACAGUCUAGUCCUGGCGCCCGUGCCUCUCCCUCCCGAGACCCCUUCUCUGGCACCCCCAGGAAGGCCCUUCAAGGCAAGAAGUGGUUUGUUGAGUACCAGAAGGACCAGAAGAUAGAGAUUGAUGGCAGGAUGGACCAGAGUGUGUACAUCUUCAGGUGCAUGAACACUGUAGUUCAAAUUAAGGGUAAGAUA